AUGAAGAAGGAUGUCCCGUUUGUAUGGGAUGAGGCUUGCAAGAAUGCAUUCCAAAGCAUCAAGUCCUAUUUAAUGAAGCCGCCUGUGCUAACUGCUCCAAUUCCAAGACACUCGUUGAUCAUUUACAUCUCCGCCCAAGAGAGCUCUGUGGGUGCUUUACUUGCACAAGAGAAUGAUAAUGGGAAAGAAAAUGCCCUUUAUUAUUUAAGUAGAAUGAUGACGCCAAAUGAGCUCAAAUAUCUGCCAAUUGAGAAGUUGUGUCUGGCCCUUGUAUUCACAAUAAGGAAGCUCAAGCACUAUUUUGAAGCGCAUACAAUUCGACUAGUUUCCAGGGCGAACCCAGUAAAGUAUGUCAUGGCAAAGAAGUCCAUCAAGGGGCAAGCCUUAGCGGAUUUCCUAGCCGAUCACCCAAUUCCUGCCGAAUGGGAGCUGUCCAAUGACCUACCUGAUGAGGAUGUGCUUGUGGUUGAAGUCUUACCUCCCUGGAAGAUGUACUUUGAUGGAGCGGCACACAAAGAGGGGGCAGACGCUGGAGUUGUCUUUGUUACGCCUGAAAGGGAAGUGCUUCCUUAUUCAUUUACUUUGACAGAACGAUGUUCGAACAAUGUUACCAAGUAUCAAGCACUCAUUUUGGGACGUGAAAUUGCAGCUGAUAUGAAGCAACUAAGGGUUAACAUAUACGGGGACUCCAAAUUGAUUAUCAACCAAGUACUUGGGGUUUACGAAGUAAAAAAGCCAGAGUUGAUCCCAUACAACAGUUAUGCAAAGACGCUGCUACAUUGGCUAGGAGAUGCUACGAUGGAGCACAUUCCAAGGAAACAUAAUAAGCAAGCCGAUGCCUUAGCUGCUUUGGCUUCAACUAUACCACAUCCUAUAGAUGAGGCUCGGUUACGAGUAUGCCAAAAAUGGGUGGUCCCUCCAAUCUUCGAAGACGAUGGCUCUCUUGACGACAUUGUUGAACUCCCGACUGCUUCUGUCUAUGAGGUAGAUAAAGAUGAUUGGAGGCAAUCACUGAUUGACUACCUUGUUGAUGGGAAGUUACCUCAAGACCCUCGUAGGAGGGUAGAUGUAAGACGUCGAGCUCCUCGCUUCAUAUAUUUCAAGGAUGCGCUAUACAGGCGCUUGUUUGAUGGUGUGUUUCUUCGAUGUUUAGGCAAAGAGGAAGCUUUACAAGCGAUGGAGGAGGCUCACGCUGGAGCGUGCGGUGCUCAUCAGUUUGCAUCAUGGCCAUUUGAUGCAUGGGGGCUCGAUUUGGUUGGUUCUAUUACACCCAAGUCAUCAGCAGAGCAUUCGUAUAUAUUAGCAGCCACCGAUUAUUUCUCAAAGUGGGCUAAAGCAGUGGCUUUAAAGGAAGUGAAGAAGGAAAAUGUUGCAGACUUCAUCCGAGUUUACAUUAUCUAUUGUUUUGGCAUCCCUCGGUAUAUCCUAACCGACAACAGGAAACCAUUCGAUAAUAAAUUGAUGGAUAAAAUCUGCAAACUUUUUGAGUUCGAGCAAAGAAAUUCAUCAGCUUAUUAUGCAGCUGCAAAUGGACUUGCCUAG